GGUGCCCGGUGGCACCGUGGGGUCCUGAGAGCCCACCAAGGCUGUGGCCGCGGCCUGGUGGCCAUGGUGUGCGUGUGGCUGUGGUGGUACGGAUGGGGUUAAGGCCUCGCCCGGCACAGGCAGCAGAAGGCAGGACGCGAGGGCGGCCCAUUGCCAGCAUCCGCGGGACAUGGCCGGGGCCAGCGCUGCGCUGCCUGCAGCGGGGGCAGAUGGUGGACAGCCAUGCCAAGUGCUGGGGCCGCAUCCUGCACUCGGGCCGCAGCCAGGGUCACAAAACCCCCGGGGGCCACAGGCACAAGAAGAGGCGAUUGUGUGGGGCUGGACUGCUCGUCAAUGGGGCUUUUACCGGGGAAAGGAGUGGAGCUGCUGGGACCGGCUGGAGGUGCGUGCUAUUGGGGAGGACGGGCAGGCGAUGACGGUGCGGGAGCUACUGGCCUGGCUGCAGGAGGAGCACAGGUGGACCGUCACCAAGCUCCUGCGUGGCAGCACCAUGCUGUAUGAUGGGGAGGAGGAUGAGGAGACGCGGGCACGGCAGCAGGCGCAGAGGCUGUCAGAUGGUGUGGAGCGCUCCGCAGAGCCGCAGCAGCUGGAGCUGCAAUACGUGUGUGCCGGAGAUGAGCUGGAGGACGCCUGCCCCCCACUUCUCUGCACCCUGCCCUGAGCCUGCAGGGUGCCCAGAUGUCACCGCCUGCCCCACGCAAUAAAAGCUGCAGGAUAAGCUGCAACACGUGCUCA